UGUUCCACCUUAAGGCGCGCGCAGCCCAGGCCCCGCCCCCGCGGCGCCGCGCAGGCGUGUCCCGGCCACCCCCGCGCGCCGAACCGGGGCGGGGCGAGGCGGGCGAACUCGGGCCCCGAGCAGCGGAGUGAGGUCGCUCCCGCUUUCCCGGCGCCAGCUCCCGGGGACGCGAUGGAGCCCCGGGCGGUGGCGGACGCCGUCCAAACGGGGGAGGAGGACGUGGUUAUGGAGGCUCUGCGCGCGUACAACCGGGAGAACUCCCAGAGCUUCACGUUUGAUGACGCCCAGCAGGAGGACAGGAAGAGACUGGCGGAGCUACUGGCCUCGGUCUUGGAGCAGGGUUUGCCACCGUCCCGUCGCGUCACCUGGCUGCAGAGCAUCCGCAUCCUGUCCAGGGACCGCAGCUGCCUGGACCCGUUCAUCAGCCGCCAGAGCCUGCAGGCUCUUGCCUACUGUGCUGGCAUCUCCGCCUCCGGGGGAUCGGUCCCCGAGCCCCUGGACAUGGACGUUGUUCUCGAGUCUCUCAAGUGCCUGUGCAAUCUUGUGCUCAGCAGCCCGGUGGCACAGGUGCUGGCGGCGGAGGCCCGCCUGGUGGUGAGGCUCGCAGAGCGCGUGGGGCUCUACCGCGAGAGCAGCUUCCCGCACGACGUCCAGUUCUUUGACUUGCGUCUUCUCUUCUUGCUAACUGCGCUUCGCACCGACGUGCGCCAGCAGCUGUUUCAGGAGCUGCAGGGAGUGCGCUUGCUGACUGAUGCGCUGGAGCUGACCCUGGGAAUGAGCUCUGAAGAGAGCCCCCCUGAGCUCCUUCCUCCCCAGGAGACUGAGCGGGCCAUGGAGAUCCUUAAAGUGCUCUUCAACAUUACCUUCGACUCCAUCAAGAGAGAGGUGGACGAGGAAGAUGCUGCCCUUUACCGGCACCUGGCAACCCUCCUGCGGCACUGUGUGAUGGUCACUGCUGCUGGAGACCGCACAGAAGAGUUCCACGGCCACACAGUGAACCUGCUGGGGAACUUGCCCCUCAAGUGUCUGGACGUCCUCCUGACCCUGGAGCCGCACGAAGGCUCCCUGGAGUUCCUGGGAGUGAACAUGGAUGUGAUUUGUGUCCUCCUCAGCUUCUUGGAGAAGCGUCUGCACCAGACGCACAGGCUGAAGGAAAGCGUGGCCCCAGUGCUCAGCGUGCUGACGGAGUGUGCCCGCAUGCACCGCCCCGCCAGGAAGUUCCUGAAGGCCCAGGUGCUGCCCCCACUGCGGGACGUGAGGACCCGGCCUGAGGUCGGGGAACUGCUACGGAACAAGCUUGUUCGCCUCAUGACACACCUGGACACCGACGUGAAGAGGGUGGCAGCCGAGUUCCUGUUUGUUCUGUGCUCGGAGAGCGUGCCCCGGUUCAUCAAGUACACCGGCUAUGGGAACGCCGCCGGCCUCCUGGCUGCCAGGGGCCUCAUGGCUGGGGGCCGGCCUGAGGGCCAGUACUCGGAGGACGAGGACACGGACACAGAUGAGUACAAGGAAGCCAAGGCCAGCAUAAACCCAGUGACCGGGAGGGUGGAGGAAAAGCCACCAAACCCCAUGGAGGGCAUGACGGAGGAACAGAAGGAGCAUGAGGCCAUGAAGCUGGUGAACAUGUUUGACAAGCUCUCGAGGCACAGAGUCAUCCAGCCCAUGGGGAUGAGUCCUCGGGGUCACCUGACAUCCCUGCAAGAUGCCAUGUGCCAGACCAUGGAGGGGCAGCUCUCCUCAGACCCUGACUCGGACCCUGAUUGAGGAUGGCCGCUCUUCCACUCCCCCUUCAGAACUGGUGCUGCUUCCAGAGACGUCCUUGGGGCUGUGACCGGGGAAGCUACAGCCCUCCCUCCACCUUCUCUUUUCUCUCAAAGUUCUGUUCACAGUUUGCCUCUGGUCCAAUUUUUUAACUCUAGGACUGCGAGGUUCUUGUCCUGCUACAGCUCUGAUAACUCAGCCUUCACUUUCACAAACGAAGUGGUUUCUUUCACAUGUGCAAAGGCUGCUGCCUGGACACACAAAUGAGCGUGUGUUUGGGGGACCAAGGGCUGAGCGUGGGUGCACGCAGACGAAAGCACUUCCACAGUGGGCCCAGACCAGUGUGUGGGGCAAGCACUGCAUUUCACAGGGUAAAAGAACCUGCUAGAACUUUAUAUACCAACAUCAGAAACACACUUCCAAGGUAUGCUCUGCUGGUUCCCCACUGAGCACAGGGCCAGUGGGCUCCUCCCAUUCUUGGUCCUGGCUCAGCCACCUGCUGUGGGUCCACAGCACCUGAGUUCUCACCGGUUGUGACAAGUGAAUCUUGAUCCCUCCCACUAGCUUAAACCAUAAAUACAUGAAGGAAAUAUCCUUUGUAAAACCAUAAAUCUAGACUUAUAUGAUGCACCACACAGUGUCUCAAAGACAUCAUCCUGCAAUAAAGAGUUUCGGGCAAGAA